CUCUCACACACUCUCCCUCGCAUCUCUCUGUUUUACCCUCCCACAUUCUCGUCUCAGAAACCCAAUCCAAAACCACAUCCUUUAUCCAAACCUAUCAGAAGCCCUGAAAAUCUCACUCUUUCUAAACCCUUCUCUCAUCUUCUCGAGUUUUCCUGUAGUUUGUGAGAGAAGCACAUUGAAACUCCAUGGACUCCAAGGACUCUGCUCAGGAAACGACGUCACUUUUCUCUAACCCAUCAGGUUCUAAUUUCUCUUACCCUACUUCUUAUUCUCAUGCUUCUGAUGGUAUUGGUAAUCAGAUGAAAAACUAUGCUUUAGAGGUUGAUAAUGGCGAGGAUAAUGGUUAUGGUGGGUCUGAAAAUGAGGGGUCUGGGAGUGGUGACGAGGGGUUCGAAACGUCGUCUGGGGGCCCAGAUGAAGAGGCCUUAGAGAAAGCCAUUGGAGGGGUUGAUACUGAUGCCCCUUCUGAUCGUUUUGAGGAGUUUUUGAAGAGCGUAGGCGUAGCACCUGUGGCGAAGGUAUCAGCGGAUGAUGAUGAUGAUGUAUCAGCGGAUGAUGAUGAUGAUGAUGAUGAAGAUGAGAAUUAUGUUGUAGGAGGAGGAGAAUUUGGGGUUUUGGGUGAGGAAGCUGAGGGAGGUGGUGAUAAGGGUUUGGAGAUAGUUGGGGUUGAGGGUUCUGUGGAGAAUUUGGGAAUUGGGGAAAAGGGUUUGAGUGAGAAUGGGAAUUUGGGUGAAUUGGGGAUUGGAAGUGGUGUAAGUAGUGCUCAUGAGGGCACGGCUGAUGUUUUGGUGGGUGGUGGAGAGGAUAAGGUGUUUGAAAAUACGAAAUUUGACGAGGGUUUUAGUUUUGUAGUUGAACGGGGCUUGAAAAAGGAGGAGAGUGUGGAAGGGACUGACUUGCAGGGUGAGGAGCCUGUGGAAGAGCUGAAAAGUGAGGGUUUGGAUGGAAAAGAGACGGUGGUUGUAAAGAAAACUGAGGAGGCUGCUGUGGCAGUUGAAGACAGUACGCUUCUCGGUGGCGGAGAUGGCCAAGCAGAGUCUGUGAUUGUAGAACCAGUAGAUGAUGAAUUGGUUGAAGGGGAUGGUUUGAAAUUUACAAGUGGAGGAGGCUCAGUUGUGGAAGCAGGAGCUGUUGUGGUUGGGGAUGUGGAUGAAAUUAAGGAUGGCAAGAUUAAAGGGAUGGAGGUCCUGGUUGAUAGAGGCGUCAGCUUAGAUAAUCGGUUUGACCAAAUCAGUGGUAAUGCAAAAGAACUGGUUGAUUCGAAGUCUGUUGUUGCAAAUCCUGAGGCUGAUCAAAUUGUUAAGCCCAUAAACAAAAGUGAAACCAUUGUCACGGAUGUGGAGAAAGGUGAAAACUCGGACAACAAAGUUUUUGCUAAUGAUGGAGAAACUGUGGUUCUGGCUAAUGCUGAGAAGAAUCCAGAAGUAGAAAAUGAGCCAGAAGCUGAUUCUGAAGCCAAACAGAAAGAACGUGCUAUAGAGAUAGCUGCUGCUGGAGAAGAAAAUGCGUAUGGUAACAAAUUAGAUGGAGGGGAAGGAGCUGAAACUCGGGAAGUGAACUGUAUCCCCGAGUUAAUUCAACAUGAAUCAGGCGAAGUGGAAAAAUCAUUAUCUAAUGGUGUUAUUGAUGUAGAUACUCAGGUGGAUGAAGUGGAAGCCAGGAUUUCUGGUAAAACUGAUACACCUGAAUCUGUAGAACUAAGUUCCAUUUUGAGCCAAGAAAUAAAGCUAGAAGCUGAAGAUGGGGAAAAACACCACCCGGAUGUGGAAGACCAGAUUGAAGGUUCAGCUACAGAUGGGGAGACUGAUGGUAUGAUCUUUGGAAGUUCUGAAGCUGCCAAACAGUUCUUGGAGGAGUUGGAACGAGGUUCAGGUGCUGGUUCUCACUCAGGUGCAGAGAGUUUUCGUGAUCACUCCCACAGAAUUGAUGGUCAAAUUGCCACAGACUCUGAUGAAGACGUGGACACCGACGAGGAGGGUGAUGGGAAGGAGUUAUUUGAUUCUGCUGCAUUAGCAGCUCUACUGAAAGCUGCAACGGGUGGUGGAUCAGAUGGCAGCAGUAUCUCAAUCACUUCUCAGGAUGGAUCAAGACUUUUUUCUGUCGAGCGUCCUGCUGGUUUGGGAUCCUCUCUCCAGUCCUUAAAACCUGCUUCUCGACAAAACCGUCCUAACCUUUUUGCUCCUUCUGAUCUCACAAUGGGGGGUGAGUCUGAAAACAACCUGAGUGAAGAGGAGAAAGAGAAGCUGGAAAAGUUACAGCAGAUAAGGGUGAAAUUCUUGAGGCUUGUUCGGAGACUAGGUGUUUCUCCAGAAGAGUCAAUAGCAGCACAGGUCCUAUACCGGAUGGCACUUCUUGCAGGGAGGCAAACUGGUCAACAUUUUAGCCUUGAAACGGCAAAAAGGACAGCUCUCCUGCUUGAAGCUGAGGGGAAAGAUGAUUUGAGCUUUUCCCUGAACAUACUGGUUCUUGGGAAAUCAGGUGUGGGCAAGAGUGCUACGAUAAAUUCAAUUUUUGGUGAAGAAAGGACCCCGAUAGAUGCAUUUGGACCUGCCACAACUACUGUGAAAGAAAUUGUUGGGACAGUUGAUGGAGUUAAGAUCAGGGUUUUUGAUACGCCAGGUCUGAAGUCUUCUGCAUCAGAACAAGGUAUCAACCGCAGAAUGUUAUCUACGGUGAAGAAGUUCACUAAAAAAUGUCCCCCAGAUAUUGUCAUCUAUGUGGAUCGGAUGGAUGCUCAAACCAGGGAUCUUAAUGAUCUCCCAUUAUUAAGAACAAUCACUGGUUCUCUUGGCUCUUCAAUCUGGAAAAGUGCCAUAAUCACUUUAACUCAUGCUGCCUCUGCUCCUCCGGAUGGACCAUCCGGUUCCCCUAUGCGUUAUGAUGCAUUUGUUGCUCAACGAUCUCAUGUUGUUCAGCAGACCAUUGGACAAGCUGUUGGUGAUAUGCGUCUUAUGAAUCCAAGUUUGAUGAUGACUCCUGUAUCUCUUGUUGAGAACCAUCCUUCCUGUCGAAAGAAUAGAGAAGGUCAAAAGAUACUCCCUAAUGGUUUAAGUUGGAGGCCUCAGUUAUUGCUACUAAGCUACUCCAUGAAGAUCCUAUCUGAAGUGAGUAAUCUGUCAAAACCUCAAGAUGUGUUUGACCACCGAAAGCUCUUUGGUUUCCGAACCCGUUCGCCUCCGCUUCCAUACCUGUUGUCUUGGUUGUUGCAGUCUCGGACACAUCCAAAACUGCCUGCUGAUCAAGGUGGUGAUAAUGGGGAUUCUGACAUUGACUUGGAUGACUUGUCUGAUUCUGAUCAAGAGGAAGAGGAGGAUGAGUAUGACCAGCUACCACCUUUCAAGCCUCUCAGGAAAUCUCAAAUUGCUAAGCUCAGCAAAGAGCAGAAAAAGGCAUAUUUUGAGGAGUACGACUAUCGGGUGAAGUUCCUCCAGAAGAAACAGUGGAGAGAGGAGUUGAAGAGGAUGAGAGAGAUGAAGAAAGGUAAAGUUAAUGCACAAGAUUAUGAUGGGGAAGAUGACCCUGAAAAUGGAAGUCCGGCUGCUGUUCCAGUUGCAUUGCCUGAUAUGGCUUUGCCACCUUCCUUUGAUAGUGAUACUCCAGCUUACAGGUACCGGUUCCUGGAGCCAAUUUCUCAAUUUGUAACAAGACCAGUGUUGGACACCCAUGGUUGGGACCAUGAUUAUGGAUAUGAUGGUGUCAAUCUUGAACAUAGUCUGGCCAUUGCUAAUCAGUUUCCAGCUGCUUUUACUGUCCAAAUAACAAAGGAUAAGAAAGAGUUCAAUCUCCAUUUGGAUUCUGCCGUUUCUGCUAAGCAUGGGGAGAAUGGAUCAAGCAUGGCCGGCUUCGAUAUCCAAAACAUUGGAAAACAACUUGCUUACAUUGUUCGAGGAGAGACGAAAUUUAAAAAUUUCAAAAAGAACAAGACAACUGCUGGCGUAUCUGUGACAUUUUUAGGUGAAAAUGUGUCCACUGGAGUUAAAGUUGAGGAUCAGAUUGCACUUGGAAAGCGCCUGGUAUUGGUAGGCAGCACUGGGACCGUCCGAUCUCAGGGCGAUUCAGCAUAUGGAGCUAAUUUGGAAGUGCGUCUCAGGGAAGCAGAUUAUCCAAUUGGUCAGGACCAAUCCUCAUUGGGUCUAUCUCUAGUAAAGUGGAGAGGUGACUUGGCACUAGGGGCCAAUUUUCAGUCACAGAUUUCAAUUGGAAGGAGUUACAAGGUGGCUGUUCGUGCAGGACUGAACAACAAGCUCAGUGGACAGAUAACUGUUAGAACGAGCAGCUCAGAUCAACUUCAGCUCGCACUUGUGGCCAUUCUUCCGAUUGUCAGGUCUAUCUAUAAGACCAUCUGGCCCGGGGCAAGUGAGAAUUACUCCAUCUACUAGUUUUGCUGCACUUAUUUGUUUUGUUCUUUUCUUCUGACUAUGUUGGAGCAUCCCGAGUUGGUAUAGAUUAAGCAUAGUCUGCUUAUUAUCUUUAUCACUUUCCCAAAUAAUGCUUAUCUUAUUUGAUCCAUAACCUCUGAUUUUAUCAGACAUUUUGCAUUGCGUGACAAAUUGUAUUGAAAAUGAGAUGGAACCAAGAGGGAAUCGAAUAAUAUGAUUGUUGAGUAGCUUUAUUUAGUUAGAUAUGA